AUGUUGCAGAAAAGCUUCGUUGAUCCAGAUGACACCAGCUACAAUUCCUUUUUCUCAGAGACGCACGCAGGUCAGCAUGUGCCUCGUGCGAUAUUCGUUGAUACAGACCCAAGCACGCGCAACGAGAUUCUCUCCGAGAGUCCAGACCUUUUUCAUCCUGAGAACGUGCUGGGGUAUAAGCAGGACUGCAAGAACAACUUUUUCGAGGGCCGCUUCAUGGCAAGUCACCUCAAAGUGAAGGAGGACGUUCUUGACCGAGUUCGUUUGCAGGUGGACUUGUGCUCCAACCUGCAGGGCUUCUUCGUGUUCCAUGCUUUCGGUGGGGGGACCGGGUCAGGCAUUGGCUGCGAGAUUCUGCACGACCUGCACGAGGCAUUUGAUAAGAAGGUCAUUUUUCAGCCCAUCGUCUUUCCAUCCCGUCAGUUUGCUAGCAGUAUGGUGGAGCCCUACAAUUGCAUCUUCUCCACGUUCUACACACGGGACGUGGUUGACGUGACCAUGAUGCUUGAUAAUCAGGCGGUAUAUCAGAUGGUUGAGUCAAAGCAGUGCAUCAAGAAUCCAGACUUCCAUCAUGUGAACCGACUCAUUGCGCAAACCAUCUCUGCAUGCACGACCUCUCUUCGUUUCGAAGCCCAGCUGAGUGCCAAAAUGACCGAGAUUGUCACGAACCUGGUUCCCUCCAAAGAGUUCCGAUAUCCGGUUCUAUCGUUGGCGCCGAUUCGUGGCAAGGAUCAAGAAAACCAUGAGACGUUUUCGCCUCAAGAGAUUGUAACAGAGCUGUUUGAGACCUCCAGCGUUUUGAGUGAUGUGUCACACUUGAAGAGCAAUCGAUACCUCGCUGCCGUUAUCCUGCUGAGAGGGAAUGAGGAGUCCUUCAAGGAACAAGGCGACGGUGUGGCAGGCUAUCCAAAAAAAGAAACUCUGCCUAUGGAGGCUAACAAGUGCAUCACGGCACUCCAGACAGUGAAGGAUGGAACCCAUCGAUCUCCAGUGAAGUUUGCACCCUGGGUGUCCGCAGGCUUCAAAGUAGGCCUGGUGGCGGUGCCGCCCGCACGAGACGCCCGGGCUCAUUCAGAGUAUUCAUCUUCUACGCUACACUUUCUGAACUUUCGGAAGUUAAUUAAACCAAAUCUCCAAAAUUUUCCCUAA